UUCACAAAAAAGCUAUAAAUACAUCGAUUCCGCCGUAAUUUUAAGUUUUUAAACAUGCUCUACUAGACCCACUUGUCCUUAAUCAUUUUUUCCAUUUUCUUCUACUUCGAAUUUUUAGCGGAAUUUUCGUAAUACUUCUCUCACCGGAGAACGCACAUAUAAUCGCCGUAGGUUGCCGGAGAUCGUACUUUUGUCACGGAGCUACAAUCAGAAAUUAAGCUAGGGACAUUUUUGUGCAUAAUUGUUGCGUGUUUCAAUUGGAUAAUUUCAUUAGUUUUUGGAGAUACCUAAUUAGUGAUGAAUCCGAGAGCAAGAUUUCAACCGCCUGGAAUGGGACGUGGAGGUGGCGGCAGCGGGAGUAUGCAUCCAAAUACUAACCCUCAGCAUUUUCAGAACCAGCAAACACGGCAGUGGCUCAGAAGGAAUCAGUUGCCUUCUGCUGAUUCUACCUCUGACGAAAUUGAAAAGACUGUACAGUCCGAAGCCGUUGACCAGAGAUUCGAGGCGUUUGGAGACCAAUUCAGGAGGAAAGGACAUUUCAGAAUAAGAAUUUUACGGCUUGAA